CCUCAGUCCCUCUCGGUAUCUCAGCUGUGCGUCACAUGUCGGGUACCGCGAGUCCUACUCCUGCCCGUAAACCAUCGUAUCGUGUACCGCUUGUUCGUUCAGGUCACCGUGUAGCGUCGGAUUUCUACUCACCGGCAAGCGUCAGUCAUAUAUUAUGCUAUCUACCGCGUGCACGUCAACGUAUUAUCACAAAUCAAUCACGAAGUGCCUCGAACAUGCGGACGGCGUGACGAAUGCAGGCAACAGUGCACGCUGUUUUGUUGAUACGUUGAGUUCUGUGUUCAGGCCGCGAAGGCCACCGCGUCCUUCCUCGGUUUAGGAUCGCGCUUGCCACUCGCCGACUGCGAUUUCGCGCAAAACUGCCCGAUUUAUCCACCGGCGUGUACGCGAUUCGUCGCGAAACAAUGACUUAGAGCGACAGUACUGUUACAGUGCGAAGCUUCGGCCAAGUAAGAAGAAGAGAAUCGAAGAAUUUACGCACGACGAGCGUGUAAAAAAAAGAAAAACCAGUGUUCCCUGCGAGUGUUCUUUUUUUUUUCCUUCAAAUAUUUGAUCGAUUCCGUGAUACAGAAUCGCGUCUCUGAUCGCCUCUCUACGGAAAAAGCGUCGAACUGCCUAAAAGGUCGCGCGCGAAGCUACCUUCUCUUUCACUUCCGGUUCGUUCGCUGCGUAACGCGUAUGCUUUUCAACGUGAAUCUCUGUGAUCGAAGAGUGAGGUCUCGAUCGUUUGCGCAGAUGAUCUACACGAGAGACGAACUUGCGCGAGACACCUUCGAAAACGAUCCGGUAGACGGUGUUUCGCUGUGAAACGGUAUCAUCGAGUGCGUGUGAAUCUUUUUGUCGAACGUUCGAAUCGAUACGAUCGAAAUCGAGAGCCGCCGAGAGAUUGUUCAACUCUUAGACAACCACGAAUAAUGUCGACGGGCAAGAGGCUGGCAAAACGUAGUAUUAUCGGCACCCGAGUGUGUGCUCCCGGUGAGGACGGGAAGUACUACAGUGGCGUCAUUCACGCCGUAAAAACGCCGGCGUCAGCCGCGUCCGAGUCAGGCCUCAGCAUUACACCGAAGACUCGCUACUCCGUGCGUUUCGACUCUGUGCCCGGCGGUCGGCCGCCGAGUCCCAGCACCGAAUACUCUGACCGCGACCUGAUCGGCCCUGGCUUCGGCUCCGUCACCAGCGCGCGCCUCGUAUCCGGCCAGAAGGUCUAUCUCACGUACAACGGACGGGAAAUUCACGCAGAGGUCACGCAACACCGCGAGCAUCUCGACGAGGUGGACGUGAUAAUUGCGCCGACCGGCCAAGAGACGAUGAGGCUGACCAAACGUAUAGACGAGGUCAGGUUGCUCGAGUCACGUAAGAGCGCCCGGCUGGCUGAUCAGGAUACAGAUUUUGCUAGGCUCGCCGAUAUGGCUGGUGAUCGUAAACGGGCCUCUUCCCACUCCAUCGACGUGCCACACGUGAUCGGGUUUAAAGACGCAUCGGCACCGAGGUCAUUAGCAACUAGGUCGAGAAAACGGCGACCCAGCUCGAGCAACGACUCCGAACGAUCGUACAGCGGCUGGAGCGACAGAAUACCCCACGGAUGCGGCCGCGAGGGUUGCCGUACCAACGAGCGUGGCGACUGCAUGGACGAAUGCACAGCCGCAUUGGUCCUCAUGUCGCUUUCGUGCUCGCCGCACAGCCCUCACAAUCCCCUGCCAGUGCACUGCCAACACAAUUACGGUUCCUGGGGAGGUCGGGGCGGUGGAGGUGGCGGCAUGGUGGUCGGCUCGCCAGGAGUCGGCGGCACCUCCAACAGCAGCAGCAGCAGCGGGGCUUCAUGGCGUAGCGGCACCCCCAGUCCGCCUCUCAGCGACGAGGGUGCACCCACCACCGGCUCACUAUGGCCGACAUCGGCUCAUCCGUCGCACAAUCAGCAGCACUACCCUUACAACGCGUCUGGCUCGUCGUCGAGUAGCACACCGGGCUCGACAACCACCCUCGACGAGGGGAUAGUGCCCGAUUACCUCGAGGAACAACACCCACGCAAGAAGAAGAUCCGGGCGAAAGUGAGCCGCGACCCGAUCGAGAACGGACCAGCCAACACCGCCAUCUACGAGAGCGAACAGGCGAACGCAGCGGUAGUGUUCAAAUGCACUUGGCCAGGUUGCCUGGAAAUCAAAGCGACCGUGGCCCUUAUCGAGGAGCACGUGCGCCAGUCGCACUUGGGGCCGAAGAAGUCGAACGGGUACGACAACGAGGAGGAGGACGACAUCUCUGACCAUGAGGAGGAGUUUUACUAUCAAGAGGUGGCGGUCGAUCACAUGAGCUCACCGCCGACGAUGUCCCACCGAGACAUGGCCAGGCCUCCGCACGAGGACCCCGAGUACCAGAAACAGCUCCGUUUGGAGGCCACUUCCGCCAUCGUUAACACGGAGAGCAUGAUGGCCGGCAUCAGAGAACGGAACACCGCGUUCACCAUUUCGCAAUCGCCGGGCACACCGAUCAAGCACAUAAAGCUGUCGCCGCGGCCGCUGCAAGCGUACCAGCAGAACAUGGGCCUGCUGACGGUGUCCACCGGGAAGAUGCCGUCGUCGCCGCGGCGGAUCCGGGGCGAGACGAAGAAGUGCCGCAAGGUCUACGGUAUGGAGCACCGCGACCUGUGGUGCACGCAGUGCAAGUGGAAGAAGGCCUGCAGCCGUUUCGGCGACUAGGCCAAGCGGCCGCCCCGUUCGUACGUCCGCGGGCGGAAACAACCGUCGCCGAGCCGACCCCAGAGUUUGCCAAUGCUACGUUUAAACUUCUCGCCAACUGCCAGCAACACAAUUGCCAAUUUCCACGGUCGAACGGUCGAGACAGAGUCGCAUCGUCAGUCAGUCGACGACUCGUAACCGAAUCGAAUUACGAAAAAACGAGAAAUCGUUCGUCGUUGUCGUCGUCGUCGUCGUCGUCGUCGUAAUGUCACAGUAAUAAUUGUUUCGACGACGAUUCGUUGCCACACGGCGAUGGACGACGCGCGACGGGUCUCUCUCGCAUGAUCUGGUACAACCAUCGUCCACCAUCUUGCAGAGAACGAGUUCGAUAGCAUCCGACAUCAUAUAUUAAGUAUAUUAAGACAGAUUUUCGAAAGAAAGGAAGGAAGGAAGGAACGUAGGGAACGAUCUCUCUGUCGGGGUGUGUUCAACGUAGCAGCUGACGUCGAGCUGGCGGAACACACCUCACCUUCCUGUCUCCUCUUCUUAUUCUUCUUCGUGCAAAACCCGUCGUUCUUCUUUUUUUUUUAAUCUCUCGAGAGUUCGCCUCGCUAAACUCUCCUUCUCUUCUCAACCUGCCACACCGAGAGAAAGAGAGAGAAAGAGGCGGUUUCUAGAAAGAAACGUCAAUCCCAUGACGGAUGGCGGAUCGAUCCGAUGGCGGUCGAUCACGCGUUUCGCGGUAUAGUUGGCGUAGAGAAGAACACGGGUAAUCGAAUUGAGAGAGAGAGAGGAGAAUCGUGCUCUCGAUCUCGUCCGAACGACCCUGGCUGUUGUCGCUGUUGUCCAGCUGGAAUGGAGAAUCCGAGCACCGGGGAAAUUUUAUCGGCAGGAAAAGAAAGAAAGAAAGAAAAAAAAGAAAGAAAGGAAGGAAGAAAGAAAGAAAGAAGUAGAGGAUCGUUGACCGAUCGUCGAACGAUUUCUUAUCGCUCUCGUCUGGCACUUGGCAAACUCCGUCAGGGUCUUUUUAGCCGUAAUAAGGGGUUUUGAUUAGUAGAUAGCGAAUAAUUGGCGUGCGGGACGAGGCGUCCUUAGACUGUCGCGUCCUCCUUCUCUCUCUCUGUUAUCUGUUUAGCCUUUUUUCCGCCGCCUGCCUCCUCCUCCUCCUCCUCCUCCUCCUCCUGUCUACGAUCGAGCACGCGGGAGGCCGCUUCCGCUUUCGCCGGGAAACACAUUUGAAACUUUUAAAAUGGAGGAGAGGGGGAAAAAAAAAGGAAGAAGGAGGAAUCUUUCUCUUCUUCUUUGUUUUUGAUUCGGUGGAUAAAGUAGACGAAACGAAGGGGGCACGGGACUCGAAGAAUCGCGACACGACCCGAGCACCGGCUGCAUCUGUGGAAAUACGUGCCGACUCCUUAGCUCUCGUUUCAAAUAGGUCUUCCUUCAUCCGACGAGAACGCCCCUCGGCUCUCUUCUCGCCUCUUGCCUCCUCCGAGGGAUAUGAUCGACGGUUGUCACGCGAUCUCCGCGGAGAGUAAAGAAAAGAAACAUGCAAAGUGAAGAGAAAGGAAGAAAAAUGGGGGUGGGUCACGUAUGCGUGUCCCCACGUUGUGAUCGAUUUAUUCGUCCGUUGCUGCCUCACGAUACACUCCUCGCCACGUGCGCGUUCGCCAAACGAAUAAUUCGCGAUCGAGCGUGGGAUCACGACGUGCACUCCCGUUUUCGAACAUUCGCUUUCGAGUUCAUCAGCCGAGCUACUACUGACUGCUACUUCGAAGAAAUUUUGUUGAUCGGUCCAGGUUCGAAUUGAAACGAUCGUUCUUGUUUCUGUUUCGACGAGAGUGUACACGCGUAGUUCUAGAGUUCGUUAUAAUUUUAUAAUUUUAGAAAGCUCCCGGAGCCAGUGGAAACAAAAAGCGGGAGAUCGAAGAGAGGGGCCAACGUGUCCAGUUCGGAAUUUUUAAUACACUGUUGAACAAACACGCGUAUAGAGGAAAGUUUGUGAUCCCGGUUGUGGUUGGCAAAUUUUUAACACAUUCCUUUGAUCGCGGCUCUAACGCGAAAUAUUUGUUAAAAUGGGAAUCAAUAUAAGAGGAAUGAAUUUGCAGCAUCAUUUAAACAAGAAAAGAGAAAGGAAACUAAGUGUGCAAAGGAGGAGAAAAAUUUGCCGGGACAUCUGCAAUUCACAUCGCCAAACGAAUAUUCGCCUUCGUUUCGUUUUUAUAAAUCAUGAAAUAUUCGUUAGGGAACGGCACGUAUCGCAGAGUGGAGGUCGUGUAUAGUAUAAUUUCUCUGUCAUAGCGUAAUAGUAUAAUUUCUCUCUGUAAUGUAUAUAUAUACAUACACAUAUAUAUAUAUACAUAUACGUGAGGGGGACGCACGCGAGCGUAAGCGCGCGCGUUCCGUACGAACGGAAGACCGUGAAGAAGGAAAAGAAAAGAAAAGAAA